UCGUUACCCAUAAGGCUGUUCGCCCUCUAUCUCCAGGCAGGAAGGUCGUUGAGAGUCAGACUCAGCUCGAGCAGAUCUAACACUUCAGCGGGAAAUAAUGCUUGGACAAGCCGUGCGACGAUUCGCAACUUCUGCGGUUCGCUCCAGCCACUAUGCGGAGGGACCAGGAAAGAAUCUGCCAUUCUCGGUAGAAAACAAGUGGAGGCUCCUUGGCAUGAUGGUGCUGUUCUUUGGCAGUGGAUUCACCUUCCCGUUCAUUGUUGUCAGGCAUCAGAUCCUGAAGAAAUGAAGCUCCUAUCAGUCGCACAUUGUCAGUGUGAUUCUUGUGCAACACAGCUCUCAAUUUCUACUGGUGUGGAUCCUGUAAUAAUGUUGUAAAUAAAAUGACCGAUUACGUUUA